UCUGUGCGAGGGAGAGGUUGGGUUUUUCGGUCCUCCUCGUCCCCUGGAACCCUUGCCAGCCCCAUAAAGGGCUCUCCUGCUGCCCCAGGGAGCCCUUCCCUGUCUUUGGCAUCGCAGGGCUCUCCUACACUUAAGCUCUGAGUUGUUAUUAUUACUAUUAUUAUUGAGGGAGGGCUGCUGUGCCCUUAAACGCAGGCGGAAAUCCAGCAGGUGAAUACAUUUCCUGGUGCGGUGCAGCUUUGGUGUUCUUGUCGCCGUUGUUGUGUGCCUCCAGGGCAUUUCCAUUGGGUUGUAUUGUAUGCAGGUGUUGGAGCGUGAGGGUGGGACAGCCACAGGCAAUGGGCUAGACAGCCCCACGGCCUCUGAUGUCAAGCCAGUUUCUUCUUCACCCACCAAGCCCCCUCCUUUGGACCUCUUUAAUCUAGUUGUGUCAUAUAAGCGGCUGGAGCUGUACUUGGAACCACUUCAGGAUGUUGCUGAAGGGGUGUGGUUCCUCCUCAGCUGGCAGAUGCCUCUCUGUUCUCUCCUAACUUGUCUGGGACUCAACUUUCUGCUGCUGACCCUGAGUGAAGGUGCUUGGUAUGGGUUGUUUCUCCUACUGAUUGUGGUGCCUGCCAUCCUGGGCUACCUACAGGAAACAUGCCGCAUCUGCCUGAGUGAAGAAGAGCUGGCACGCCGUAGGUACCACAGUGUGCGACGUGAAGAUGUGAGAAAAGUUCAACUCACUCGAAAUGAGGCUGUGGCUGAAGUGAAGGGCUUCUUGAUCCAGUUAGAGGCCCUUCUGAGCCGGCUAUGUGGUAGCUGUGAGGCAGCCUAUCGGGUCCUUUACUGGAAGAACCCUUCCCUCUCUUCACAGUUUUAUGGAACACUGAUGGGUUUCCUUUGUGCCCUCUACCUGCUACCCUUGUGUUGGGUCUUUGUUCUUCUCAAUAAUGCCCUUUUCUUGGGCAAUGUGGCAUUUUAUCGAGUGAUGCUGGAACUGAAAUCAUCUGUAGAGCAACGCUUGGGCCUCAAGCCGACUGUGAAGACUCCAGCACCUGUAGAACUGGAUGCUGGAGAAGUGGGCACUGGAGCCCUUCCAGAUCGGACACCUACACCCACUAGUGUUGAGGACCUGACCCCUGGCAGUGUAGAGGAAGCAGAGGAGGCAGAGCCUGAUGAUGAAUUCAAAGAUGCUAUUGAGGAGACCCAGCUGCUAGUAGUAAUGGAAGACGAUGACAUUUCUCAGUGCUCUGGAGAAUUUGAGUUGGGCCUUCCUGAAAACCCAUUAAUGAGCAAGAAUGAGGCAAUCCGCCGGAGGGUGUCACAGCUGAGAGAGCGUCUGCGCAAGCGGUACCCAAGUAACAACCUCAGUGCUGGACUGGGAGGGAGCUGUGCAAGCUGUUCAGCCACCUUUUCUGUACUAAAGAAGAGGCGGAGCUGCAGUAAUUGUGGAAACAUUUUUUGCUCCCGGUGUUGCUCCUUCAAAGUUCCCAAGAGCUGCAUGGGGGCUACAGCUCCUGAUGCCCAGCGAGAGACUGUCUUUGUGUGCGGGCACUGUAAUCAAGCACUCAUCAAAUGAGAAGGCAACAUGGAGGCCUGCCCUCUGCUGAAUCUACUGCACAUCUUACUGUAUAUUCAUUUUGGGGGGAGUGGAGCUACAGCAUUGCACAAUCCUUCUGCCUCUCUCUAUCCUUGGAACAGGAGAGGGCUUGCACCUUCUAAGUAUGCUGUGUGCCCUCACUUCCUCUGUUGCAAGCAGCUAUGGAGAUGUUCCGCAGUCAUGGGUUACCUGUACAGGAAGCUCUUUAUGUUCUAGACUACUGUAAGCUUUCCUCCCUGCUAGCCUUUAUCCCAGUUCCAGAGCAAAAAGUUAUUUGCUUGCCUAGAGCUUUGAAUUCUGUGGUCAUUCUCAACAGAAGUUGACCACUUUCCUUUGUAGAGAGUACUUUUGGCCUCAAAAUUGUCUGGUAUCUUGGAAUGUCUGUUUUGCUGCUGAGUGAGAUGCCAGUUCUGUCUAUUGUUCGAAAGAGGAGACUGGGUCUUCCUUCAGACAGCAGCUGUAACUGACUCUGCCAUGAGCAGGCUCUGCUGUACAAAGAAGGCAAUAACAGGCUAUCCAACCUGGAAAUGUGCAGCUGGACCUGCUUUUUCUCCCCAGUGUCAGGUUUGGAUGGCAGUAUUGCUCUUCUCUCCAUCUCUGCUGUUGACACUCCUUUCUAGAUAGUUACUAGCCAGGGCUCUUCAGUCUGCUGUGUGUGGUACUGGAACUCUUACGUUCUUUGUGCCUGUAACAUUGGAGGGUACAGGGUAUACUAUAAGUAACCAAAAGUGAUUUUAAUCUCAGUUUGGUAGGAUGUGUGAAAUAUGUGCCUCAUGAAGUGAUUAAUUCCUUCUACAGGACUGGAGUACCUUUGGACUGCUGCCACCUUCUUAACAGAAUGAACUCGUUCUCUCAACAAUAAACUGUUCUAGGAGAGUGGAGAACUUCCAGUGUCUAAAUUAGCUUUUAACAUGAUAAGUGGGAAUGGGAUGAAGAGGGCUAGCUUUGCAUGAAGACCAGAGUUUUGCAAAUGUACUUUCUGGGUCUACAAUUCCAAGAAUCUCCUACCCAACAUGACCACUAGCUGUGCUGGCUGGAGACUUCCUGUAUCUGUAGUCCCAAAUCGUAACUUCUCUAAGCUCUGAUCAAGACUGUUGGAGAAGAUUCUCAAAAUAUGCUGCCCUGAGAUGGAUAAUAGAAACUGAUGUAGUGGUGCAUUUUGCAGUGCAGGUGUUAUCAUGAGACUUUCCUAAGACACCCCCCUCCAGAGAGUCCAAACAUGCAAGCAUCUGAAUUGAUAAAUAUCUAAAUGUGUAUACAUAUAUGUCAAAACAAUGUAUUGUGGCUGGGAAAAUCCAAUUCCACCUCCUCCCUGACACUGCUAUUGAGAGGUUUGCAGCUAAGCUCAGGGAAAACAUGAGAGCCUUGAAUGGGAAAUGAUAUCAUUGUUGUUGGUAAUCAAAAAGUCCUGAUGUUUCAUCCCUGCUAGGCCUGGUUCUAUUGCAUAAGAGAAAACAGAGGAGCAGUCAAAAGGCAUUGAUACAUAGAGGAUGUGAAGACUUCAGCAAAACAAAGUGUGUAGAGAUAUAUAUAUGGGCUGUAGUGUACUAAAGACAUGUGAGCUGCACAGGAGCCAUGGGCCUUGACAUGGAGGAAACCACCCUCUGAGCAACAUCCCAUGCAGCCUGUGAAACUGGGAACUCAUGUUGCAAACUGGGAUGCUGUGGUAUAGUGGGAGAACAUAGUGGCAGUGCAGUUGGGAGAUACAGUGGGAGAGCAUGGUGAUGCAUUUUUCACCUACUCAGGAAUGAAGGAUUGUUUAGGCAAGAGCUGGAAGGGCUGGGUAGGUGAAGCAGGAAUACAAAGACAUGCAGAUCAAUAUCUGAUUGGAAGUGGGUUCAGGAAAGCAAAAGGAAGUACAGGUAUGUGUUUGCACAUACUGUACCGGUAAUAUAAAGUGGAAUUAUUUUUUACAAGAUGUGAUGGGGCUGCUAGUUCACAUGGCUUGAAAGGUGCACUAGAUGAAUCAAUGGUGAAUGCUUCUGUGGGUAUUGACUUUGACAGGCAGAAGAAUCUCAAUGUUCUGUACAGUAUAGUGUAACCAAAUGGAAUGGUGGAUCACCACAUCAUUUUUUCUGGCUUCCCAAAGAUGUGCCAGAAAUGAAAUGGUGGACUGGACUAAUUCACAUUAUGUGGUUAUAUUUAAAAAAAUCUUCAGAGGUAUGUUAAUUCUAUUAGAAUGAUGUAUAUAAAUGAGUUUUAAGAUUUUAAAAAUCUGGUUAUAACUUUUUUUUUACUUUCUUGCCAUUAAAAAAUGAUAACAGCAACUGAGUUAUUUUGAGUCUUAGAAGUAACGAUGUUUUAAAAGCAAUCCUACUUGUAAUGCUUUUAGUAAAUGUCUUGUAAAGUCAUAAAGGUGAAUAGACUCCUUUCAUAUUUCACUUGCAUAAACAUUUUAAAAAUCCUACCAAAAAUGGCCUUUAAAAGAGCUGACUAAUGUGUUUUACUCCUCAAAAAGACACAGACUUUCAAGUAAGAUGGCUGAAGACUUGCUCAAGUAUUUGCCUUUUGUGUGACUACAUUUUUCCUCUUGCAUACUAAAGAUCAUGCAUUUUGGUUCUAGAGUACAUAAAGUUUAAAUGUGUUUUGUGGUGAUAAGAUAAGAACUAAUUGAAUCUUUACAGGAGGCUAAUAGGAAAACUACACCUAGAUUUGUGAUGUACAAAAAAGGAAUAGGAGGAGGCUACUCUUUGGUAGUGGUGCAGUUAUAUAAUGUUAGAUUUGCAUUAAUAGUUGGGGGGAAGCUUCUUUAGAGGAUAAUAUAAAUUCCUUUACUUCUUUCAAAAUUCGUAUCCUAGCCCAGCUGCAUUAGAAGUCCCUCUGCCCUGAACCUCUGCUCCCCCUGCAUCCUAGCCCAGUGGGGUUAGGUCCAUCUAACUGCAUGAAGUAGCGCAAACUCAUUAGGGAAGCAGCUUUUAGGUGUAGACCAAGAAUGGGCACAAUGGGAGAAUUUCACAAUUUUGUUUAGAUUUAAAAUAAAUUGGUCCAGAGUGUUUUUAUUUGUCUCAGCAAUUGUGGAAUACCUGAUUAUCCUGGUAAUUUCUGGUUUAAAUGACCAAGAGAACCUUGCAGCACUUCAUUUCAGUGGGGCUAGCAGGCCAUUAUAGUUAGCAGGGUUCCAUGUUGUGAAUUCUGUUACUUCAUGAAUAGUCAGGGUGAGGCACACUACAAGAAAUAUAGGGCAGAAAGAGGGUGCCUGCAGAACCGAAUGAGAGUGUUUUAAAAUAGUUCAUAAAGGAAUGUUAUAACCACAUUCUCUUGUGAGUGCUUUUGAAUACUGAACUGUAGUGUUGACUCUGUUUUCCCUUAAGGGAGUGCUCUCUAGUCUCAGCUAUAAAGGAAAAAUGCUUCCUUAGUCUAAUCAGGAAAGAGCACUGGCAGACUCAUCAAUAUCAUGUCACGGCUUGCUUGUGCUUGAAUCUUGGAUUGAAAUGUCACUAAUGAUUUAUUUGGAUUCUAGUUUAAAACAAGCCAUCCUUGGCAAAUGAACAUAGCCACAGGGCUUGGAAAUAACCUUUGGGGAAAGGUCAAGUUCCAUCACAUGUUCACGGGUAUAAGAAAUGAGCUGCAGAAAGAAAUAACAAGGCCACCUUGCUACUUAAACUUCACAUAAUGCUGCACAUGUUUUGAAUCUCAUCCUCCUUGCAUCUCUUCUGGUACUUACAGCAAGUCUUGAGCAUUUACAAGUAAAUUGAGUCAGAUUCUCAGCUGGAUUUUGUUUUGAUGCAUCAUGUAUUUAAAUACUUUGCAAAAUUUUCAUUUAUGUAUGAUGGAAAAUUGUAGACUUGUUGGAAAAUAAUAGCCAUCACAUGGACAUCUGUUCAUAUAUAUUAUCUGGCCAUGCAAAAUAAUUUUUGUGUGCCUUCUCCUUUCUUUCCAUGUGAUUGCAAAUGUGAAAAAUGACCAACCUCACUCAACUUCAUGGCAGGAUGCUACAUAUCUUGCAUUUAUUAUCAGUGUCCUAAACUAAGAAGGAAACAGAAGAAUUGGAAAUCCAAACCUUCCCUCCUGUUGGUGAGGACCUCUGAGCAGGAUGAUUCCUUAGCAAGAGUUGAGCUCUGCUAGGAGUUGGUGCAUUAUGCCAGUGAGCAAUGGCACCUGUUACUAUUUCCAACCAAGACUAGUUUACGCAGGAGCCCAAAAUAGCAACAGAGCUCAAUCAAUACCCAAAGUAAUCUCAUUAAAGUCUCUGGCUUGCUAAUUAGUCCUCUCCAGGAACAGGCUCCUUGAAGACAGCAGCCUGUGGAGGGACAAACUAGCACUCAACCUGUAUGCUACUCAAUCUUUUGUGCACACAACACAAUGCCUAUGUCAUUGUUGCAGUGACAUUAU